UUUAAAGAAAGUUCUUGAUGGAAUAAAGAUAAAUACUGCAUAUCUGUGUGGCAGGAGUGAACUUCACACAUCACCACUGACUCCUAUCUGGGCUUCUUAAGGAACAUUUUCCAUUUAUUUGUGCAAAAUCAAAAUUUUCUCCUGAGUUUCACUUGGAUUUUAGUAAAGGAUCUGAAUACUUCUUCCACCACUAAUGGAAUGGAUGUCUUGCUGAGGCAAACAGACGAUUCAGGAGGAAGUUUUGGAGAGAAAGUUACAACUGAAACAAUUCCAACAACCAGACUUACAUCAUUACCACCAAAGGGCUUCAGUGGAUCUAGCAGUAAGAGCAUGAGUAACAGCUCUUGGGGAAACAGCUUUGAGAAGAAUAUUCUAAACCAUAACAGCAGCACCUCCUACUUCACAUCCUCCUCAGUGGGUGUGAACGCAGGAGGAUCAGGAUCAGACUAUGCCUUUUGUCUGGGAGAUGACUCCACUGGGAACAGCAGGAGUGGAGGGGGACGUUGGGGCAGUACAGGAUUUGAAAGUCUACCUGGAAAAGACUCUGGUUCGAAGAGCAGGUCCAGCUCCUCAGGUGGCUUGAGAAAGACUCACGGUUCAUCCUCCUCCCACUCCCCCUUAUUAUUAGAGAGAAAAUCUACCAGUCACUCAGGAGGUUAUGAUGGAAGUUCAAGUGCAAACUCAUCACCAGAGCUGACGAGGAAGGACUAUGGCUCAUCUAGAGGAAGAUCUCAAACCAGAGAGAGUGAAAUCAGGGUCAGAUUACAGAGUGCAUCUCCAUCAACCAAAUGGACAGAGCUGGAUGAUGUGAAGAAAUUAGUGAAGACUGGACGAUCAUCAAGUGUCAGCCCCACCCGCUCCACAGCCUCCUCCACCCUACCUGUUCCACGCAAAGCCAAAGUCGAGACCAAAAUCAUUAAACAAGGCUCUCAGACUGUUUCAGGGCAGUAUGACACCACUAUUCUGGACUCAGCACUAAAGUCGUAUACAUGGACCAGCUCCACACUGCCCUCUAAUGCUUCCAGCACUACUGGUUUUGUAUAUCCAAGCAGCACCAAUAACAUGUCACCGGGAUCUUCUCUUUUAAACACCACUUCACCUUCAUCACUGUCAGUGUAUGGCUUCCAGAAUAAUCUUGCUACACCAUCUAGUACACUUCUCACAUCAAAUACAGUUAACACACAUUCAGGAUACGGUGUGCAGAAAAACAUUUCUCAGAACACAACUAGCUCUGGUCUUGUUAGUACAGGAGUGUCUACUUCUACAGGUACAACUACACGCUGUGUUAAUGAUGACUUGCCACGAAAAUAUAUUAUACUUGAAAAGGAGAAUAUUCCUACAAAAAAGGACACAGAAGUCCUCAUUCUGUCCAAAGACAGUGGGAAGCAGUUCUCCAGCUGCACAUCGUAUGGAAAAGGAGGGUCUGUUUCGGAUGUCUCGCUGAAGAAGGAGACUGUGGCAAGCAGCUACACUGAGACGACUCCUGUCAAAUUAUGUUCAAGCUCCUACUAUGGAUCUUCAUCAGUCCCUACCAAAGAUAAGGCCACAUAUGCAGAGAUCUAUAAGGAGAAGAAUGAUGGAAAAGGAGGAGGCGGCUGCUUCGGCUGUGGUCCGAGCUGGUGCUCCUGGUGGAAGUGGCUGCUUGGAUUGCUGCUUAGUCUUCUGCUGCUCCUCGGCCUCCUUUCUGGACUCAUCGCUCUCUCGGAGGAGGUGAAGAAACUGAAAGCGCAAGUGGAUGCACUUCAAGCCAACAGCGCUCAUGCUCAAAGACUGACUGGAAAUUACGGGAACACACUGAACCUGGAAUCCACUACGGCCCUGCAGAAACAAAUACAACUUCUCCUGGAAAAUGAGCUGCAGUCUGAGACAUUCCGAGCUCAACUUGCUUCCUCAAUCAAAGGAGAAAGAGGACUGCCAGGGCCUAAAGGUGACACUGGAGCUCCAGGAUCCAAAGGGGACAGUGGUUUCCCAGGGCUACCAGGUUCUCCAGGAACAAUGGGACACCCAGGACCUGAAGGACCAAAAGGACAGAAAGGAAGUGCAGGUGAACAUGGUGCAGAGGGGCCACCAGGACUCAGGGGCCGAGAUGGGGCACCAGGACCGCGGGGAGAUCCAGGUCCUGCAGGCAUUGGAAUAAAGGGUGAAAGAGGCUCUCCAGGCUCUCCAGGAGCUCAUGGCUCUCCUGGUCCAGCUGGUCCAUCGGGUCCAAAAGGUUCAGCAGGUGUUAAUGGUCUCUUGGGCGCAAGAGGUGAACCUGGUCCUCAAGGUUUCAGAGGAGAACCAGGCCCUUCAGGACCUAAAGGGGACAGAGGACUUCCUGGAUCACAAGGAAUUAAGGGUGAUCAUGGUGAAAAGGGAGAUCCUGGUGUACCAGGUUUCCCAGGGGCUCCAGGAAAACAAGGACUCAGUGGUGAGAAAGGAGCCAAAGGAUCGACAGGGGCUUCAGGUGUAGAUGGUGAAAAGGGCCAAAGAGGUGACCAAGGUCCAAUUGGGAUGCCAGGAAUCAGAGGCCCAGCUGGACCACCUGGUGAUACUGGACCUCAAGGAGCUCCAGGUCUUCAAGGGCCUCCAGGCAUUGCAGGACUUCCUGGACAACCUGGAGUUAAAGGUGAACGUGGUGAAUCUGGCAGAGUUAUCAAUGCAGCAGGCUCCAACUCUGUGGCCAUUCCUGGACCACCAGGGUCACCUGGACCACCUGGACCUGCUGGACCUCCAGGAUUGUCAGGCCCUAUCGGUCCUGCUGGAAUUCCUGGCCAGUCAGGUCCUAAAGGUGAUAAAGGUGAUAAGGGUGAUCAAGGAGUGCCUGGGAUCACAGUGGAAAGCUCAAAGAAUGAAAAUGCUGCUCAAGUUAUUCAGGGACCACCUGGACCACCUGGUCCCCCAGGGUCUCCUGGAGCUCCAGGAUAUGGCGCACCGGGCCCAAGAGGAGAGAAAGGAGCAACGGGAGAGCCAGGGAGCUUUGUGCCCAACUCAGGAACAUUUUUCGCCGGACCACCAGGACCACCUGGACCUGCAGGUCCUAAAGGAGACACAGGACCACAAGGACCUAGAGGAUUCCAGGGUGAUCCAGGUCAGCCCGGCCUACCUGGAAGACCAGGGGGUUCAGGAGAUGUCAGAGUCGCUGAAUAUAGUAGAACUCAAGGUCCCCCUGGGCCACCUGGACCUCCAGGGCCACCAGGUCAACCAGGCGCUAAAGGGGACAGUGGAAUUCCAGGUGCUCCAGGGAUCCCAGGAACAUCAAGAGGUUCAGGUUCUGUCGGGGUUCCGGGGCAGCCUGGACCCCCAGGACCUCCUGGACCACCUGGCUCUCCUGGACACUCUGGAUCUACAGCAGACUAUCGCCGUUUCAUUAUUGACUACAUGCAGAGUGACAGAAUGAGGCAGCAUUUGUCUGGUAUCCAAGGGCCUCCUGGUCCUCCGGGGGCCUCAGUGUCUGUUGAGGAGGUGGCAGCUCGCGUUAUUGCAUACAUUCAGCGCUCUGGAUUGAGUGGCUCCCCUGGUCCUCAAGGUCCUCCUGGCCCUGCUGGCUCUGUAUCUGUUAGUGACAUCAUUGCAUUAUUACAAAGAGAUGAUGUUCGGCGGUAUGUAAUCGGCCCUCCAGGACCACCUGGCCCUUCAGGAAGUGUAAAUCUAGCCAACUUUGACACACAGGAAGUGGCAAACUAUGUUCUGAGAAUAAUGAAUGACCGAGGAAUGAUAAACAGACCUGGACCUCCUGGUCCUCCUGGCCCACCUGGCCAACCAGGCUCCACCUACAGUGACAUCACUGCUUUGAUUAAGAGUUCAGGACUUAGAGCAGGUCUUCAAGGUCCUCCUGGUCCUCCAGGAAGACAGGGUCUACCUGGUCCAGUUGGUCCUCCAGGAGUCCCAGGUUCUUCAAGCUCAGGAUACAGACUUGAAGAGAUCCAGGCCUACAUACAAAAUUCUGGUUUACGGGGUGCCCCCGGCCCACCCGGCCCUCCAGGACCUCAGGGGCCUGCAGGGGACUCUAGGGCACUUAUAUCCUAUGACAGAGGCAGUCAGAGAGCAUCCAUCCGUGCCGAGCUUCAGGAGUAUCUCAGUAGUGAAGCUAUGCGGCGGUACACCUCAGGUCUUCCCGGACCCCCUGGUCCUCCAGGACCCCGUGGUGAAAAAGGGGACCGUGGUGAUUCUGGAUACAGUACAGGAGGUGGUUACUACUAUGCCACUGACCAUAAUGGAGUCAGAUUGGCUGAAGCAGACUAUUCCAAUGUUGCUCUGAGAGUCACUGACUACAUUCAGAGUCAGGGUCUACUGCAGGAAAUGAAUGAUAAUUAUUGGAGAUCUCGUUCCAUGGGAGUCCAAGGCCCUCCUGGUCCUCCUGGUCCACCUGGCCACCCUGGAUACAGCCGUGUUUUUGCUACCUAUGGGAACAUCACUACAGAUCUCAUGGAUUUCUUCAGAGUACAUGGUACUAUUCCAGGUCCACCUGGUAGACAAGGGCAAAAGGGAGAAAAAGGAUACCCUGGACCCAAAGGAGAAAAAGGGGAGAUGGGAAGACAAGGAAUACCUGGUGUUCAGGGACCAAGAGGUCCAGAAGGACUAAGGGGACAAAAGGGAGAGAAAGGUGAAUUCCAGAUUGUUCGUCGGAGGAGGAGUCUUGGCGUGUAAAGGCUUACGUUGCUGCUUUGGUCAACAAAAUUCUCCCUCUGUGCAUGGUGACUUUCAUCUAUAGCAAAGCAUGUGACCUGUAUCUUAGCCAAAGUCUGUUCAGCAGGCCUGAUGUGGUGCAGUUUCUCAAAUACACAUUACAUAACAUUUAGCAUGGUACUGUGUUUAAUCCAUAAUACCCAUAUUUUUCAGCCUUCCUAAUUACAGAUAAAAACAUUUUGUACAUUUCAUAAUGUUUGUUGCUUACACGCUUCAGUGACAAUAGUCUCCAGCACUUUUUGAAUUGUGUAGCUUAAAAUGUUCUUGCACUCAAUUUGGCACAACAGCGCUAACUUUCACUGGACUUCGUUUCAAACUGUUUUUUUUUUUAAAUUUGAAAGUUUAACAUGAACUAAAUUUGGAACUUGUUUACCAAAUGUAAUAAAAUAUUCCAUGAUCUCGA